AUGAGCCAUGAGCAUCGGGCUGCUCAGUUACAGGCGUAUUCACAGCAGAGCCUGGAUUGUACUGAAGCCGAUAUAGGUCUUUUGCCAUCACACGAAGCCAACGAUGACAAUUUCAACACUUUCCCUGAGGCUAUGACUAUGUCCGUUCAAAAUGAAAACAGAAAAGUUAUACCCUGUUGA